ACAUACAUAUGCUCUUUUGUGCGGCUGGAGCCAGUAUUGAGGCUAGUUGUGUUCCGUUGUUGGAAGGAGUGGGAUGUGUUAGAAAGGUUUAUUUGAGUUCAGAUUUGGCUCUUUAUAGUGCAGUGAUAGUGUGAAUUUGUAAUUUGGUCGUUGAAUUCGGGACUAGGGUAGUGAUUAGCCCACCGGGCUGCUAUUAAAAUGAUGGUACCCGCAGUGAAUGUUAAUUACAAAGAUAGAGCAAGGUUCUUCUUUGGGACUGUUCUCCUUUGUCUGCUUAUAUUGGACUGUACUGAUGCAGAGCUGACUCCACCCUACUUCAACUUAGCCACAGGUCGCAAAAUUUAUGCAACUGCCACUUGCGGUGUGGAUUCGGAUGGUCCUGAACUAUAUUGCAAACUCGUUGGGGCCAAUACUGAACAUGAUAUUGAAUAUUCAGUCAUACAGGGGCAGGUUUGUGACGUAUGUGAACCCUCGAAGGUCGAUAAACGCCAUCCUCCAGAGUAUGCAAUCGACGGGAAAGAGACUUGGUGGCAGAGUCCUCCUCUUUCUCGAGGCAUGAAAUACAACGAAGUUAAUCUUACUAUUGACUUCGGCCAAGAAUUCCACGUCGCCUACUUAUACAUUCGGAUGGGAAAUUCACCGCGACCAGGUCUUUGGUCUCUAGAAAAAUCAACUGAUUAUGGGAAAACAUGGGAACCAUGGCAACAUUUUUCAGACACUGCCGCAGAUUGUGAAACAUAUUUUGGAAAAGAUAGUCUGAAGCCUAUUACAAAUGACAAUGACGUAAUCUGCACAACGGAGUACUCGAAAAUCGUUCCGCUUGAAAAUGGCGAAAUACCUGUAAUGCUUUUAAAUAACCGGCCUUCAGCAAACGACUACUUCAAUUCAACGGCUCUACAGGAGUGGACCAGAGCGACAAAUGUUCGAAUUCGAUUGCGAAGAACAAAGAAUUUAUUGGGACACUUAAUGUCAGUAGUGAGCAAGGAUCCAUCUGUAACACGACGGUAUUUCUAUUCAAUCAAAGAUAUUUCAAUUGGUGGUCGGUGUAUGUGCAAUGGUCAUGCAGAUACGUGCGAUGUUCUAGAUCCUAAGAGCUCCAGGCGGCUUUUAGCGUGCCGAUGCCAACAUAGAACAUGUGGGAUUCAAUGUAAUGAAUGUUGUCCUGGAUUUGAACAGAAAAAAUGGCGGCAGAAUACUAACGCUCAGCCAUUCCAAUGUGAACCUUGCAAUUGCUUCGGUCAUUCGGACCAUUGCAUAUACGACAACGAGAUAGACGAAAAAGGCUUGUCUUUGGAUAUACAUGGAAAUUAUGAAGGUGGCGGUGUAUGCCAAGAAUGUAGGCACAACACAGAAGGAAUAAAUUGCAAUAAAUGCAAAGAUAAAUUUUAUCGACCGUACGGGAAGCAUUGGAAUGAGACUGACGUUUGUGCACCAUGUGACUGUGAUUUUUUCUAUUCAACGGGAAAUUGCGAAGAGGAAUCAGGUCGUUGCGAAUGCCGUAUAGAAUACCAACCCCCGAAUUGCGAUUCUUGCGCGUACGGUUAUUUUGGAUAUCCUAAUUGCCGAGAGUGCGAGUGUAAUUUAAAUGGAACAAUUGGCGAUCACUGUGCAGCAACUGAUGGCAAAUGCCCCUGUAAGGAGAAUUUCGCGGGACAUUAUUGUAAGGCCUGCGCUGAAGGAUUUUAUGGGUAUCCUGAGUGCAAAGCUUGUGGGUGCAACGAACUCGGAUCUGCCAGCCGCAACUGCGAUCAGGUGUCUGGAAACUGCACAUGUUCAGGAAGUUUUGGUGGAGAGAAAUGUGAGAGAUGCAAACAUGGAUAUUUCAAUUAUCCAAAUUGUCAAUAUUGUGAUUGCGAUGUUCAAGGAACUCUUCCUGAUGUAUGUCAUAAAGAAAGUGGAGAAUGUCUUUGCCGUAAAGGUUACGGCGGUAAACGAUGUGACCAAUGUAUUCCAGGAUACUAUAAUUACCCAGACUGUAUACCGUGCAAUUGUUCCUCGGGCGGCAGUACAUCUAAAACAUGUGAUGUUUCCGGAAAAUGUUCCUGUCUUAGAAACUUUGCUGGAAAACAAUGUACAUCUUGUAGCGCAGGAUUUUAUUCAUACCCUGAUUGUCUUCCAUGCAAUUGUGAUCCACAUGGCUCAGAAGGAAUAUCUUGCAAUUCGGAUGGACAGUGCUCAUGCUUCCAUAAUUUCGAUAGUAAAACGUGUAAUAAAUGCAAAGAAGGCUUUUACAAUUUCCCAUCAUGUGAAGAAUGUAAUUGUGAUCCAGCUGGUGUUAUUGAUAAGUUUACUGGUUGCGGUUCAGUUCCAGCUGGUGAACUUUGUCAGUGCAAAGAAAGGGUUACUGGAAGAAUUUGUGACCAAUGUAAACCACUAUAUUGGAAUCUGAAUGUGAGUAAUCCAGACGGUUGUGAAGUGUGUGAUUGCUUCUUGGAUGGAACAAUAGGGUCACUAGACACAUGCGACUCUAAGACAGGACAAUGCGCUUGUAAACCUUCUGUUGGCAGUCGGCAAUGCAAAGAAUGUAUUGACGGAACAUUUGAUUUAUUUGGUGGAAGUUUAUUUGGAUGCAAAGAUUGUGCUUGUGACAUAGGAGGCUCACGUAAUCCUGUUUGUAAUAAAAUGACGGGAGUUUGUAGUUGUCAUCCACGCGUUGCGGGGCGAACUUGUUCGCAACCACUAACAACUCAUUACUUUCCUACUUUGUAUCAAUUUCAAUUUGAAUACGAGGAUGGAUACACACCAUCUGGAGCUUAUGUCCGUUAUCAAUUCGAUGAAAAUCAAUUUCCUGGAUUCAGUAAAAAGGGCUAUGCAAUAUUUUCCAACAUUCAGAAUGAAAUUAUUAAUGAAGUCAAUAUUAUGAAAUCAUCUGUAUAUCGGAUGGUAAUACGGUUCGUAAAUCCUGCCGAUGAAAAUAUCACUGCUAGUAUUCUGAUUACAUCAGAUAACCCAAGUGACAUAGAUCAAAGAGCCAAUGUACUGUUCAGACCAACACGGUUGCCUUCAUUCGUUACCGUCUCUGGGCUCAAGGGAGAAGUUCCAUCGGCAGUUGUUCUUGAUCCUGGUCGAUAUACUAUCAGUAUCAAAACAGCGAAGAAUGUGUUAUUGGAUUAUUUUGUUUUGCUUCCUGCGGCCUAUUAUGAAGCUUCCAUCUUAUCACGCAAAAUCGAAAAUCCGUGUGAACUUGGCAAUUUACAAUUCUGUCGCCAUUACAAAUAUCCUUCCGUAGAAGAGUUCGGUCCAGAAUUCGAUGGUCAUAUUCGGGAAAAUGAUAUGUUAUAUCCAUCUACAGAAGUGUAUGAAAACGUUGAACAUUUAUCAAUCCUCGAUAAGUCAUCAGCUAUUGAAAAUAUCCCAAUUAUAACGGAUUCACAAAAAUCUUUAUUUUAUAAAAUAGUCGUUCCUCAUACUGGCCAAUAUAUAGUUGUCGUUGAUUAUAUAACUGAUCGUACGACUCCCGAAACAUACAUAUUGCAAGUUCGGAGAGAUGGAGACCCAAAUUACGGUUUUGUCACAAUGUAUCCCUGUUUAUUUACUAUGAGCUGUCGACAACCAGUUACUGAUUCUGAAUCAAGAGAAAGAUUAUUUUUCUUGGAAGCCACCAACUCACGUCCGAUAGAAGUUUAUCAUGAACAUGAUGAUUUCGGCAGAGUGGCGAUCAUUUCCGUAACAGCAAUUCCGGUAGAUCAGUGGUCUAUUGAUUACAUCAAACCAAAGCCGAUCUGCGUUAUGCAAGGUGGAAAGUGCAUUAAAUCAUCAUACAGAAGUGUACCUGAUUCAAAAAAAAUUGAAUUUCAUACAAUGCACGAAAGUAGGAUAGCAUCCAAAAAGGCACCAGCUAUUUUCCAGAAUUCAACCAAAUUGAUUUAUUUGGAUAAAAAUAAUUCAGCAAUUGAAGUCAUGGGUAAAGCUAUCAGACCUGGGCGCUAUGUAAUUCUGGUCAAAUAUUUUCAACCAGAUUAUCCACAAUUUGCUGUUCUAUUUCGACUAGAGUCAUCUAAACAGGCAUACGAUGGAAGAUUUUAUGUGGAACAUUGUCCUUUGAAUAUUGGUUGCCGUGCACUAAUUAAGCCCCAAACUAACAGUCCCUGGUUCGAUAUCAAUGAUGAGUUUACUUUUACUUUGACGACUCCAAAAUCAAAAGGGAUUUGGGUGGAAUACAUGCUUGUUGUUCCCGUGGAAGAGUAUAGUGAUGGCCUCCUUGAUGAGGAAAAAUUCGACCAAACAAAGGAAUUUAUUGAAAAGUGCGGACAAAACCACUUUCACAUUCAACUCAAUGCUUCGGAGUUCUGCAAAAAAGCCGUUUUCUCGUUGACAGCGGAUUUUAAUGACGGAGCUCUAUCUUGCGAUUGCGACUACGAUGGAUCGACCAGUUUCGAGUGUGACCCCUUCGGUGGUCAAUGUCCCUGUAAACCGAAUGUUAUUGGGCGACAAUGUGAAUCGUGCCGCACGGGAUUCUAUGGUUUUCCGGAUUGUAAGCACUGCGAUUGUCCACUAACUGCACUUUGUAAAAAAGAUACCGGCGAAUGCAUUUGUCCGCCAAGAGUGACAGGCGAAAAGUGUGAUAAAUGUGAACCGUACACUUAUGGAUUCCAUCAAAUUAUUGGAUGUGAGGAGUGUAAUUGCAACGCAUUAGGUGUAGAGGGAAACAACUUGCAAUGCGACCUAAACAAUGGCUCUUGCAUAUGCCGCAAGAACAUCGAAGGACGAGCCUGUGAUAAAUGUGCAAACGGAUUUUUCGAUUUUCCACAUUGUCAGCCCUGUAGGUGCAACGUUCCCGGAACAGAGUUUGAAAUAUGCGACAAAGUGAAUGAAUCGUGCUUUUGCAAGAAAAACGUUGUAGGACGAUACUGUGAACAAUGUGCAGAAGGCACAUAUAAUUUACAAGCGUCAAAUCCAGAAGGUUGUACAAAAUGCUUCUGCUUUGGAAAAACGAAUAGAUGCGAAAGUGCUCAUUUGCGAGUUUUUAAUGUGAGCAUAUUAGAAAAUGCGACCAUCAGCACAAUUAACAUUGAAAAUGGAGUAGUCAAUGUUAAACUUUGGGAAAUUCCGCAAGAGGAGGUGACGAUAAACACAACUACCUCACAGGCUGAUUUUUCGUAUCGACGGAAUGAGGAUGGACUGGUCUAUUUUGGAAUGCUACAUUAUUUUGGUAAUCAGAACAAUCAUUUGACUUCUUAUGGCGGUGUAUUAGCGUAUACAUUACUCUAUACCACUGGCCCAUUUGGAUCCGCUACCUAUGGUCCCGACGUUAUAUUGAGCAGCAAAGACAACAUUAUCACCCAUCGAAGUUAUGAACAGCCUGCAAGUGGCCAGCUAUUUCGUGGGACGGUGCGAAUGUUAGAGACCAGUUUCCAAACGGUUGAUAAUAGACCCGUUACUCGCGAAGAAUUUAUGAUGAUGUUACGAAACUUGGAUUCAAUUUAUAUUCGAGCUUCCUACUGGGAGCAAAGUGUAAUUACUCAAAUUUCGGAUGUUUUCUUAUCCAUGGGCGAUUACGACGAGCGUUCUGAUUCAGGCGAACAAAUUUCCGUAGAAAAAUGCUUUUGUCCACCAGGUUAUGCAGGUUUAUCUUGUGAAGAUUGCGCACCAGGUUAUUAUCGAGACCCCGAUGGACCUUUCGGAGGCUACUGUAUUCCUUGCCAGUGCAACGGACAUGCGAGAACUUGUGAUUGCCAAACUGGAAUUUGUCAAGAUUGCCGGGAUUUUACAACCGGAGACCAUUGCGAAAAAUGCAUCAUUGGAUAUCAUGGUAACGCAACUAUCGGAACUCCUAACGACUGUAUGAUAUGUGCGUGCCCACUUCCAUAUGAGUCGAAUAAUUUUGCAACCAGCUGUGAAAUAUCAGAUACUGGCAACGAAAUUCACUGUGAAUGCAAACCAGGAUACACUGGACCUCGAUGUGAAAGUUGCGCAGCAGGUUUUUAUGGGGAACCUGAAAAACAAGGUGACUACUGCAAACCGUGCGAAUGUUCUGGAAACAUCAAUCCCGACGAACCAGGGGCAUGUGAUACUGUCACGGGAGAAUGCUUGAAAUGUUUGAAUAAUACUCAUGGUAGAGCAUGCAAUUUGUGCGCACCAGGCUAUUAUGGUGAUGCAGUGAAAUUGAAGGAUUGUAGAAGCUGUGAUUGUGAAAUGUUGGGCACAAAGUAUUGUGAUUCAUUUGUUGGAAAAUGCAAUUGCCAUGUUAACGUAAUUGGCGAACGAUGCGACCGGUGCGAAGAUAAUCAUUAUGGUUACGAUUCUGGAUUGGGGUGCAAGCCGUGCGACUGUGCAAUUGCUUCUAACAGUUCACAGUGUGAUUAUCAUUCUGGCGAGUGCGCUUGUAAACCUGGGGUCGCAGGAAGGCAGUGUGAUCGAUGCGCAGCAGACCACUGGGAUUAUUCUGUUGACGGUUGCGUUCCUUGUUCCUGCAAUAAAGGUUAUUCUCGUGGUUUCGGUUGCAAUGCUCUUAAUGGACAGUGUGAAUGCCUCCCGGGAGUUAUUGGUGACAAAUGCGAUUCGUGUCCAUAUCGCUGGGUGCUCAUUAAAGAUCAAGGCUGUACAGAUUGCGAUACCUGCAUUCAUGCGCUUUUAAACUUUACGGACAGUUUGCAUAAUGAACUUGAACCAGUAUUUUCGGACUUUCAGAGCGUUGCUCUAUCGUACUUCACAGCACGAAAAUUAAACUAUUUUAAUGAACUAGCUGACAAAAUUGAACCGCAAGUUAAAGCGUUAGACCCAAAAGGUGUAAAUCUGACUCCUUCGCGCCAAGAAAUUGAAAGUUUAGAAAUGGAUAUGAAAAAUUUGAAUCAGCAAAUGAGUAUUAUGUCCACUAGUGCUAUAGAAUGCCAGGAGAGCGGUGAUAAGUUGUUGCAUAAUGCACGUGUUAUUUUGGAUGAUAGUCAAUUAGUGACAAUGAAUACAUUGGCGACGAUUAAGGAAGUAGAAGCUUUUGAAGAUAGCUUCGACAGGGCAGCUAGUACUAAGGCGGAAAACGCUCUUACUGAGGUGAAGAUUAUUUUCGACGAGCUUGCUAAAGCGGUAGAAGAGUCUGAACAAAAUAAUUUAGAGCAGUUGAAAAAUUCACAAGAAAUGUUAGCAGAAACACAGUUUACAAUACUGCCAGUCACGCGACAAAAAGAGGCAUUAGACAAUUUAAGGCGCGAUGUUAAAAGUUUCAAUGGGAAAUUGGACAACUUGAAAGACUGGAGUAUCGCUGCAGACGCUAGAAGCAGAGAAAUUUCUCAACUAAAUGAAAAUAAUAAAGAAUCAUUUGCUAACUCCAAAUUCGGAAUUGUAUCUAAUCAAACAACGGGAGUGAAGGAAAAUAUCGAGGAUUCAGAAAAGCUAAUAAUUAAUGGCAGGCUUACAUUUGAAGCGAUUGAUAAAAAUCUUGACAUUUUAAAAGAUGAUUUAUCUGGAUUGAAAGAAAAUAAUAAAAAAGUGGACGAAAUUUUGCCCGAGAUUGAUGAAUAUUAUCAAGAUGCAGAGUCGAUUGUUAGCAAAGGGAAACUACAUUUGUCUAAUAUUGACCAGUUAGCAAAAAAUAUAUCUGAGCAAUAUUCAAAUAUCACAUCUAAUUCAGAGAAAGCUAUUAAGGCUUCACGAGCGUACAGCGAUAUUGUUCAAGCUGUAUUGGAUGCCCAGAAAGCACUGAAACUUGCUAAAUACGUUGCAGGAAAUGCAACCGAUUUGAGUGAUGGAGUGCGAGAGCGUGCACAAAAAUCCGAUGAAACAGCUGCAGAGUUUUUGGUACACGCUCGAAGCUCCUUACAAGUCGUACUAGAGAAAUUGGAUCCCCAUUUGAAUAAAUCUGCAACUGCUGUAAACAUUAUUUCUGAAAUGAAUAAAGAAAGUGAUCGCAAAUUACAGGAAAUCAAUCUGGUAUUGGAGGAAUUCCCGAAGCAUUCUACAGUCGAAAGUUGGAAAACAGCUCAACAGCAAGCCCUUUCAGCUCAAGAAGGAUCACACGCUGCCAUGGACAUAAUAAAUCCCAUCGUUGAUCAAAUUCCAUUGGGUCUAAAAAUGGCUAAGCAAACUCCAAAGGAUAUUGACAUAACAACAAAAGACAUUGGUCAAACUACACAUCAGGUUGAUAAAGUAGAAGCGCUGUUACCAGAACUUUCAGCUUUGGUUGAUAAAAUGGAUAAGAAACAAGCCCAUACAAGUUUGAUUGGCAGCGACUUAGGCGAUCGAAUUGAUAAGCUUAAGAAGAAAAUCGAAAUGGCACGGAAUAUUGCUAACGGUAUUGGCGUCGGCGUCACUUUCCAUCCGAAUACUGUGCUUGAACUGAAACCACCUGAGAAUCUCUCACGACUGGCAACUACAUCCAGAGUUUCAGCUUAUUUCAAUACAACUAAACCAAAUGGUUUCUUGUUCUAUCUCGGAAAUGAAAAAAAAACCGGAGUCCGUUCUGGAAAAGGCCAGGAUUUCAUGGCCGUUGAAGUUGAGAAUGGAUAUCCCGUACUGACAAUAGAUCUGGGUAAUGGACCAGAAAAGAUUAUCAGUGACAAGUACGUUGCAGAUGGUUCUUGGUAUCAGGCUAUAGUCGAUCGAACAGGAAAUCACGUAAAAUUCAACAUACGAGAAGAGUUAGACAAUGGAAGUGAAGUGGUUCACAAAACAGAACAAAUUCUGCCCGGAACAUUCUCCGUAUUUGAUGUGGAUGAGAAUAGUAAACUGUAUGUUGGUGGAUAUUCAGCUGACUUCACAGCACCAGAAGACCUGCGUUAUAGUUCAUUCGAGGGGCAAAUUGAAAAUUUAAAAAUCGGUGAUGAGCCUGUUGGUCUAUGGAAUUUUGUGGAUGGUGGAGAAAACAUGGAGGGAGCUCGUGAAAGAAGUAAACUUAUUGCACAAGAAACACCUGUAACUGGAUACAGGUUCAACGGAAAUGGAUAUGUCAUCAUGGAUGCAAAACCACAUCACUUUAAAACACGAUCAACAAUUCAUUUCCGAUUUAAAGCUUCUAAAGAUGCAAAGAACGGUUUGCUCUUUUAUGCAGGCCAGGGCGAACAUUUCAUUUCAGUUGAGCUCAAGGAUGGAAGCAUCAGCUUUCAAUAUAAACUUGGUGAGCAUAAAGUUAUUAUAGGGACCAACACAACACUGAACGAUGAUCAGUGGCAUCGGGUUGAAGCUGAACGGGAUGGUCGAAAAGGAGUACUUAAAGUGGAUGGAAAGGACAUUUAUCAGGAAGAGUUAUUAUCAGGAAGUGAAGAGAAUCUUCUAAUAUCUGAGGAAAUGUAUUUUGGUGGCCACCCUGGGAAAGAUGUUCACUCAGAUAUUAGUAAAAAAGGUUUUAACGGAUGCAUUGAUGAAGUGGUAGUAUCAGGCACCCCCGUUGAUUUAAGUCGAAAUUUGAAAGCAUAUGGAGUUCGACCCGGAUGUCCUGAAAAGUUCUCUGCUUCUGUUUCGUACAUGCCGGGACAAUCCGGAUAUUUGAAAUAUGCAAAUAUCUCGGUAAAUAACAGUUUGCAUCUCAACUUAAAAUUCCAAACCCGCCAAGAAGAAGGCAUAAUUUUCUACGCAAGCGAUAAAAUUAGUGGUGGAAAAAUUGGAUUAACCAUUUAUAAUGGAGAUCUUGUUCUGUGGAGUAUGGAUCAGCACAAACUCACAACCGGAGAUAAAUAUAAUGACGGUCGAUGGCAUGUUGUGGCUGUUAAGCAAGAGGGCGAAUUUCUACAGAUGACUAUAGACGAUGAAGAAGAAUACAAAAUUGAAAAUGCAACCCCCUUGAUCAUUGAGCGCGGAGAUAUUUAUUUUGGUGGAUUACCGGCGAAUCAUGGGUUUCCCAAGAGUAUAUUGUCAACAACGGCAUAUUUUGUAGGCUGCAUAAGCGAUGUCACUAUGAACGGAAAUAUUGUAAACUUUGCGGCAGCAGUUGAUAAGUCCGCUGUUAACAUUGAAGGCUGUCCAGCUGAUAUUUUAGAUUAUGAUGUGUCAGCAGUUCCUAUCUAUUACCCGGGAGAUGUUGUUAAAGAAAUUGAGAAAAAUGUUGUUAAACAUAAACUUGAUGGCGAUGAAUCGGGUACCAUUAGUAGAGAAAACGAAGAAGAAAAUACAAUCGCCCCACCCGUUGAUGUUUUUGAAAAGCAGACUUACACGGAAGAACCGAUCACUACGACAACAUUUAGUCGGCACCAUAUAGUCACAACUACUCCAGCGCUCGUCACAAAACGUCCAACAAGAAAACGACCAGAUUUUGGAAUAAAACAAGAGCCUAUCUGUAAAUUACCCAUAAAUCCCAACCUCGAUGAUAUCGACGUUGUAAAAGCUGGUUAUCGAUUCGGGACAACAGUUAAUAGCAGAAUAGAAAUAAAACAAAUUCCUAGCAGAAUGAAAAAAGCAUAUGAAAUUUCCUUGGAAUUUAAAACCGAAUCGUAUGAAGGCGUGUUAUUUUAUGCCGCGGAUCCUAGUCAUACGGACUUCGUGGCGCUUUAUUUGAAAGGAGGAAAGGUUCACUAUACUUUCCGCAUUGGACAAAACUCGGUUAACGUCUCAUCAGCAUUCUAUUAUAAUGACGAUAAUUGGCACGAAGUAACUAUUACUCGGCAACAGCUUAAAGGUGAAUUGAUUAUCGAUAAAGAAGACAUUAACCAAGCGGAAAUGCCAAACGGGUCAAAAAAUACAAUCUCAAUUCAUGCUCCACUUUACAUUGGUGACGUAGAUGUUCCUAUGUCAGACGAAUUGAAUUUAAAUUUAGAAUUUGAGAAAGGAUCACGCUACAGUGGAUGCAUACGAGCUGUGAAAAUCCAAAAUCGUGUUGUUCCUGUUUCUAGUUUUAAUGCAGUAGGCGUAAUACCUUGUUCAGACGACGUCGAAAAAGGAGUUUAUUUCAAUAAAGGUUACGUUAAACUGCGUGACCGCUUUAAUGUUGGAGCGGAGUUCACCGUUAGUUUCGAUAUUAAACCGAGAACAACUACAGGAAUGUUACUAAGUGUUCAUGGACGAAAUGCGUACUUGAUCUUGCAAAUGCUGAAUGGAACCAUAAACUUCACGGUUGAUAAUGGCGAAGGGCCUAUCACUGCUAUAUUUAAACCUAAUCCUGGGGAGAAUUUAUGUGAUGGCCAUUGGAGAACUGUUGAAGCCAUUAAAUCACAAUACGUUAUCACAUUGAUUGUCGACUCUGUAAGUUCUCAACCUGCAAUUGGAAGUGCCGCGCAUCCAUUAACAGAAACAACUCGGCCAUUAUUUUUGGGUGGCCAUCCUCACAUAAUGAAAGUUCGAGGUUUGACUGCUCGGAAACCGUUCAUUGGAUGUAUUCGAAACCUCAAAAUCAAGGACCAAGUCGAAGUAAUUCAUCCUCAUAUGACUUUCGGUGACGUUCGGACAGGUGUCUGCCCUACAAAUUAGAAUUGAUGCAAUUUUUGAAAGCUUAUAUUUCCUUCCUUUUUGCCUUUAAAUGAAAUAUUUACAGAUUUUUAAAAUAUUAUGAACCUCAUGUCAAUAUUAAAUUUUACCUUAAAGUUUUCUAUGCAUUAUGUUAAUAACUAAAAUAUUAAUUAAUUAAACGCUUUCAAAAAACU